AUGGCCACAGGAAGAGUCCUGCUCAGCUCUCUCCUGCUCCUGUCCCUGCAGCUGGGCCUUGGCAGGGGCCGGGGUGCGCCAGGGGUUCUGGUGGUGGAGGGAGCGCUCUCGUCCGAGCCAGCAGCAGACAUAGCGACCGGGAGGCCACAGCUGGGUGCCCGCCUGCGCCGAGCCCCGGCUGGCCCUUGCCAGCUGCGGAGCUUGACCCUGCCGGUAGCCGAUCUGGGCCUAGGCUACGCUUCGGAGGAGACGAUCGUUUUCCGCUACUGCGCUGGCAGCUGUCCCCGAGGUGCCCACACUCAGCACAGCCUGACGCUGGCCCACCUGCGGAGCCAGGGCAGAGCCCAUGGUGGCCCCUGCUGCCGGCCCACCCGCUACACUGAUGUGGCCUUCCUGGAUGACCGCCACCACUGGCAGUGGCUGCCCCAGCUCUCGGCGGCCGCCUGUGGCUGUGGUGGCUGA